AUGGUUCAACUAGCGAAUGAAACAAUCAGAACACUUAAUUUUGAUGUGGUCCCCUCAGAGAUUCAAUAUAACCCAAAGUUUAGCCCUUUCUUCCAGGAUUGCAUUGGUGCUAUUGAUAGCACUCAUAUUAGCGUCAUAGUACCCAGAUCAGAGCAAACCCGAUACAGAAAUCGAAAAGCAUUGAUCAUACAAAAUGUUAUGUGUGCUUGCUCGUUCGACAUGGGUUUCACAUUUGUGUAUGCGGGCUGGGAAGGUAGUGCACAUGAUGCUUGGGUUUUUGAAGAGGCGAGAUCAAAUACUACCUUAGGUUUUCUUCAUCCUCCUCCAGGAAAGUAUUAUGUUGUGGACUCAGGUUACACAAGUCAACUUGGGUAUUUCACACCCUUUCGAGCAGAAAGGUAUCACCUACCAGAUUUUAGUGGGGAGAGAAGGGGUGCAAGAACACCGAAGGAGUUGUUCAAUCAUAGACAUUCCUCCUUACGGAAUGUUAUUGAAAGAACCUUUGGUGUAUUGAAAAAUAGAUUUCAAAUCUUACAAAAAAUGAAGGGUUACCGUAUCGAGGACCAAGCCAGCAUCGUAGUUGCAUGUUGUGGGCUUCACAACUACAUCAAAGAACAAGCUAUUAAAGAUGAUCUUUUUGAUGAAUAUGGUUGUGAACAGAAUGUAAUUGAUCAACUAAAUCCUCCUAAUCAUCAAGACUUCAUUGCUCCAACUACAAGUACAAGUUAG